UUAUCAUUUCUAAUUUUUUUGAGGAAAAAAGAAUGGAAACAAUGGGUAAAGUUGCAACCGCCAUUGUUGCACUGGUGAUCUUGAGGUGGGGAUGGAAAUUACUAAACUGGAUAUGGUUGAAACCAAAGAAACUAGAGAAGUGGCUGAGAAGUGAAGGGUAUAAAGGUAAUUCAUACAAGUUUCUAAUGGGUGACAUGAUAGAGCUUGCAACAAUUGUGAAAGAAGGUAAAUCAAAGCCAAUUCCAGUCACACAUGAUAUCACUUCAUAUGCUUUACCCUUUGAUCAUCAUAUCAUCUCCAAAUACGGUGAAAAAUCGUUCAUAUGGCUGGGGCCAAAUCCAAGGAUGUAUAUCCGGGAUCCAGAGUUGAUAAAAGAGAUAUUAUUAAGACCAAAUGAGUUUCGGAAACCACAUCCCGAGCCGUUUCGAGAUAGCAUCAUCCGCGGACUUCUUGUCACCGAGGGUCACAAAUGGACCAAACAUCGUAAAAUCAUCAAUCCCGCUUUUAAUCUUCAAAAUCUCACGAUGAUGUUCUCGGCUAUCAGCUUAAGUUGCAGUGAAAUGAUCCACAAAUGGGAGCUCCUAACCGCAGGAUCCGGUCCCACAGAAGUCGACGUAUGGCCAUAUAUCGAUAACUUGGCUGGAGAUGUGAUUUCACGAACAGCUUUUGGUAGCUCUUAUGAAGAAGGGCAAAAGAUAUUCCGAAUCCAAAAGGAACAAAUCAAUCUCUUAUUUCAAAUGCUUUUUAUACUUCAUCUUCCGGGAAGAAGGUUUAUACCUACACAAGCGAACAAAAAGUUCAAAGAAAAUGUUAAAGAGCUUCGAAAUGUUUUGAUGGGAAUAAUCAACAAGAGGAAGAAAGCAAUCGAUAUGGGAGAAGGUAAACAGGAUGACUUACUUGGAAUCUUGCUAGCAUCAAACACGAAGGAGAUUGAAGAACAUGGAGUUGGAAUGAGUAUGGAAGAUGUAAUCGAAGAAUGUAAACUAUUCUACAUUGCUGGAUCGGAAACAACCUCGAAUUUGAUCGUCUGGACGAUGGUUUGUUUGAGUUUGCAUCAAGAAUGGCAAAUCCGGGCUCGAGAAGAGAUUGUUCAAGCUUUUGGAAACAAUCAACCUGAUUUUGAAGGUUUGAAAAACCUCAAGAUUUUGACAAUGAUACUAAACGAGGUUCUUAGGUUAUACCCACCAGUGAUCAUGAUGACACGAGCGACCCAUAAGGACACAAAGCUUGGAAACAUGAUGAUACCAUCGGGCGUGCAAUUAACGUUAGCCAUGGUGCAUCUUCAUCACGACCGUGAAAUAUGGGGAGAUGAUGUAAACGAGUUUAAUCCUGAAAGAUUUGCUGAGGGGAUUGUUAAUGCAACGAAGGGGAAAGGUUCGAGCCCAUUCUUCCCGUUUUCUAACGGUCCCCGUGUUUGCAUAGGACAAAACCUUGCGAUGACGGAAGCAAAAACCGCCAUGGCGUUGAUUCUGCAGCGCUUCUCGUUUGAGCUUUCACCCUCUUACAAACAUUCUCCAUUCCCGGUGUUUACUCUUCCACCGCAGUUUGGUGCUCACUUGAUUCUACGUAACAUCUCAUAAUUUUUAUAUUAUUAUGUAUGCAAUUUAUAUUUAAAUAAUAAUAAUAUGUAAUUUCUCAUA